UACUUAAUUGAGAGGAAAUAAACAUAAUUGAAUCGAUCAUUAUCAUAACAAAGCUCUCUUCGGCUCUGAAGAUGAUUGAGCAUAUCUGGACAAUUCGGGAGAUGAGUUACAGCGGCGUACUGGGAGGCUGACUGACGGUGCAACAUCGAAUAUUGGGAACGUUUACAACAUAAUAGAGAACAUUAGUCCGAUCCACUUUUGACAUCAUUAUCUGUGUAGUCGAGUGACGAUAACCUGCGAGCGUAGUGCGUUCGACGCUCCCGCCCCGCCUCGCGGCAGUCGCGCGCGUCCUCGCCUGCCGUGCAGUCGUGCCACACCGUCAGCGCAUGCCUGCUUCACCAAGCUCUCAAGGGUGCGCGGGGAACUCGGUUUUGGCGGGUUUUCGGACGUGAUGCGCCUUGCACCCCCCCGCGGGAUGCGCACGUGUUGCCGAUGCGCGCUCUUGUAUGUGCCGGCGCCCCGUCACAGUGAAAUCUGUGGCGUGAACUGUCAGUGAUCACUUGGAUUGCAGUGUUGGAUUGUAGGAUCGGAAUUGGACGCGGUCGCCUUCGCGGCUUUUUUACUUGUUAAUUGCGAAUAUUGACGAUUGGUAAAACUUUUUCCUCGUCUAAAAUGUUCGUUCGCGGAGUUGAUUGAAACUCUGUAACUAAUUUGAAUAUUGUUUGAGUGAAGUGCGCAGUGUUUUUGUGUUGUUGUGUUUGACAAGACGUUGCCGACGAGAUUGCUGGUAUGCAUAUGUGCUAUGAGCGGCCCGGAUUGGUCUCCGCCCUGAACGGCGCUGUUGGGUACGACAAGUGGGACCGAGACCGGGACCGCGGCGGGGGCGGCGCCGGCGCGCCCGCGUGGCCGGGCCGCGACCGCGAGCGCGACCGGGAGCGCGAGCGGCAGGCGCGCGCGCACCAGAUGUCGCAGGCGCACGCCGCCGAGCCGGACGCCACCGCGUCGCUCUUCCAGGCUCCCUCCAGGGUAACGGGCAACAAGGAUCGCCAAAGCCAGCAGAUCCAGACGAAGCUCGGCGACUACCAGAUCGCGCAGGCGUUGAUCGACGAUCCUAGCAAAUCGAUCGGCAUCUGCGCAGAGCCACCCAGCCCGGCGCCAUGCCAUCCGUCGCGAAGGGAGAGCGAGUUCAAGAAGCCGUCGCACGCGCCGCAGAACGGGCGCGUGCACCACCGGCCCUACGUUCACAACAAGAGCGAUGGGUCAGUCUUAUCGGCGCCGCCUACGCAUCGACCGCCGCCCCUAAAAAUCAACGGCAUCCAAUCACAAAGUGCAAUUGACAGUUGCCAGCCGCCUAUAGAAAGUAUAUUAAAGGAAAUGAAGUCCCUACCGCAGCCGCUGUCAGUCAUCGCCGCUACGCCACGGAAGGAGCUUGAGAAUAAGUUUAUCUUCGACCCCUUUACGAAUAAGGUCCAAGAAAACCCCCAAUUAAUCAACAACGAUCUCAAAACACCUCUCCCUAAACCCGGUAUAGACAACCGGAUAUCACACUCAAGAAGUGUAACGCCACCGUGUGACGGGUUGAAUAAGGACCUCGGGUUGUCGGAGAGCGAUGACGAGGUGGCGGCCAGCACGCUACACCACACCACCAGCACUACUGCGCUAGAACUAGAACCCAUCCUAUCACCAAUCGUCUCCGGCGGCAGCCCGUCCUCGGCCAGCGAGUCCUCGGACUCGGAGUCCGAGUCGUCCUCCGCCGAGUCCAGCGGCCCUCCGCCCCGAGAGACCAGAGAGCCCAGAGAGGCCCGAGAGCCCAGGGAGGCUAGAGAGCCCGCAGCGGCGCCGGCGCGGCUCAGCUCCGCAGCGGAGUCGCAGCCUGUGCAGCGGCCGUCGUGGUCGCUCUCCAACUUCGCGCCACCCACUGCGCCGCUGCCCGAGCCCUAUGAUACGGGGAAAGAGCUGAGGCAUGCACUCGCGGAUAUCAAGGGGAAGCCGAGUCCUAUCUCGGAUCUAUCGGACUCGGAGGCGUCGUCGCCGUCGCCGGGUCAGAGGCGGAGGCGGUCGUCGAAACUGACCGUGUCCAGCGACGAUGACUCCCCGAGGCCUACUAAUACGCCUUCCCCCCGCGUGGCGGCCACCGCGGCGGUGAAGCGCGGGCGGCCGCCCAAGCCGCGCGCGGAGUCGCGCGAGCGCCCCGCCAAGAAGAAGCGCGGCCGCCCGCCCAAGCCGCGCCCCCCGCCCUCCCCCGCGCCCUCCCCCGCGCCCGCGCCGCGCGCCCGGGACCCCUCCCCCGCACCCGCGCCCGCCGCGCCCCAGCCCGCGCCGCACCCCGUGCUGCAGGACACGAAGACGCAUAUAUUUCGCAAGGUUUUCACUCCCAAAAAGGGUGACGAAUGUGGCGGGAAAGGUGGCAAAGGUGGCAAAGGAAAGGGUGGCAAGGGCAAAGGGCAGGUCACUAUAAUAGAAGUGGCGGCCGAGUCCGGAGCGGACGACGACGAGAGGAGGCAUCGAGAGCGCUCGGCGGAGAGGCGGAACGAGGAGGCCCUCGCCAGGGUCUCGCCCCCCCAGGAGCCCGAGACGUUGACCAGGAAACGAGAGGCCGAGAGGGUCGCCAAUGAACGGAUACAGGAAAGAGUGUCUCUCGAGCGGCCCGAAAGGGACCGCCCCGAGCGGACGAACGACCGAAUAUCAGAUCGCCUCCCCAUACCCUCCGCACCUUCCGACAGAAUACCGGAUCGGACGUCCACCGACCGGUUAUCCUCGGAGCGAGCCGACCGUUUACACGACCGGUAUAGCUCUGAACGCCUGUUAACCCCCAGCCGGCAUUCGAGAGAACGGAUAUCGUCCGAGCGCUCGGAUAAGAUAGAGAAAACCUCCCUCGACCGCCUCUCCGGGGAUAGGAUGGAUCGUCUGUCAGGGGACAAGUUGGAUCGCCUAUCGGGGGACAAGUUGGACAGACUGUCGGGCGACAAGUUGGGCAUGGAGAGGCUCGACCGGAUGCCGGACAGGUUCGUCCGCGCCGAGGCUGACGUCGGGUCCGGCUUGAAGGGCCGAGGCUCGGAGAGACUCGAAGAGGCUUCUUCAAUUGUGGGCCGGCGCGCGCGCCUGCCGGUGCGGGUGCGGGUGCCGCUGGAGCGGCUGCGCGCGGACACGGUGCGCAGCCUGCUGGCCGCGCCGCCGCGCCGCGCCGCCAAGCGGCCCGCCACGCCGCCGCCGCACCAGGCGGGAGAGGUAGCCGCGACCAACCACGAGCGGACGGCGGGCCAGACGCCCAUCUACUACUCGUACUUCGAGCGGCUGCCCGCGGACGUGCUCUCUGACGAGGAACGCGACCACAAAUAUUACCUAGACCAAGCGAAACAGCUGAAAUGCGAAGCGGAGCGCGAGCAGAAAGCGUUACCCCGCGUGAUGCUCUACCUCGAGUCGGUGCUGUGCUUCGUUCUAACCGGUCGAGUACUGGAACUAGAGCUGGACACCAAACGAGCCUUCACCAUAUACCGGGAGACCAUAGAGUACAUCAAGAGCAUACACUCCAUGCCGCAGCGGUUCAGGGCGUCGCCGCAUUCCACCUUCAACAAGCUUGAUAUAUUGAGCUUACGUGUGCAAGCCUUGCUGUACUUGCGCAUGUUCAAGAUGUACAACCGCGAGGUGAAGGAGUACUACCGGAUAGUGCAGGACUACCAGCAAAAGGUAAAUGAUCCGGCGUGCGCGGAAUCCGUCUCCCCGCUGUCCCCGACGCCGUCGCCGGGCGGGUCGGUGGGCUCCGUGGGGUCGGUGGCGUCGGCCUCCUCCGGGUACUGCAGCAUGGCGCACUCGGUGCCCGCGCAGGCGCACAACGCGCUGCUGCAGCUCACCAAGUACUACACGUUCCUCUACGUGGCGCACGACCUGUGGGAGCAGGCCGACAACCUCUGCCGGCUGCGCGCCAACCAGGAUCUAUUCAUAGCGGUGGACCGCAAAUGCGGCCCUCUGACGUUAUUCUCCACGUUCCGGCAUCUCGUACAAUACGUGCGCUACGCCAUCUCGCUCAUCAAGAACGCGGCGCGCGAGUGACCGCCGCCCGGCGCCCGGGAGGCCGAGGAGGCCGCCGGCCUCGGCCCCGCCGGCCCCGUCGGCCCCGCGCACCCGACCACGCGACUGUUCCAGAAACCUUUUGGCAAUGUCGCGGCGAAAAAUGCGCAGCAGUAUCAGUGAAAUGAUCUGUGGUAUUGGUAGAUAAACGUUAUGUUUAGUGGUACGUUUCGGGAUUUGCAGCUAAAAAUGUGUUCAUGACCGAUUGACAAGUUUCACUAUUUAAGGCCAGAGCGCACCGGUUUCCUGUGUGUAAACGUGCACUAAAAUAUUGCAGCCAGCGCACGCACACGUCACGCAAACGGUGUGCCAUCUCUCAUACUGAUCUGUAUAUUACAAAGCGCACGAGAACGUUCACGUCUACACGCAGCCGGUGUGCACAGGCCUUUUAUGAUAGCGUAUCUUCGCUUUUAGUAUUAAUGGAGUAUGGUCAGUUUAUGCGUAAUGAGACAUUAUAUGGUAAUUUUUUUGGUAAACCAUUAAGUGUAAUUUUAAAGUUUAGUGUAGACUGACUGUACUACAAGUAAUGAAAUGUUUUCACCAAUAUCGCUGGUCCAUCGCGGUGACAUUGUCAUUUGGUUUAGUGAAGAAAUUCAGUCACUUUAUUGACUUGUGAGAUUUAACUUUGGAAUAUCGUUAUUCAGAUACUUUUCUAAAAGCAAUUCUAAUAGAUAAUAAUUGUUUAAUACAAACUUAAUAAAAAAUGUCUAAUUUAAAUAUUUAAUAAUUAAAUUAUUUAUUUCAAAUAUCUAGUUACAUAUUAAUUUAUUUUUAAUUAAGUUUAAUAUUUAUUUUGAAAUCAGAAUUUAAUCUCAAUUUUUUCAUGAAAUCGUGUUAUUAUUUUAUAUAAAUUUGCUUAUAGAAAGGGCUAAUCUGAAAGCGAAUAUACCCGAAGUUCCAAAACAGUUAGGAAUAUGUCGUCAAUAAAGUACGUUGGCAUCAAUUACCUAUGUAUAUUGUCGCCUCGGGUUCAUAAGUAGGGUACGCCCGGAAAUCGUAACUAAGUAUUGACUUCGCAUGUCCUACAAGAUGACCAAAAAUGUACAGACAACCGCGGUUGCCUAGCAACGACCCCUGGUUACAAAACCGAAUGUAAGUUUAAGUGAUAGAGUAAUCAUAUCGUAAGUGUUUUUCGUUGUAGUACCUACCCUAUCAGAAAGAUGUACCAUCGGGAACAGGUUAUACGAAUUAUUUUCGGGUGUUAUACGAAAAUAUUUAGAGUGUGGGCCAAUCGAGUUAUUAUCUCAAUAUGCAUGGGAUCACUUCUCUUGUAGUUUUUCGCAAUAAUUUUACUGAUUUCUAUUCGCGUAUACUUUCGCUUGUUACUCUGUGAGUGUGUUAGAAUGAGAGCUUUAAACUAAUUCGUACUUUAAGUGGUUCGGUUAGGGUUGAUUAUUGAGCGGACGGCGUAACGUUGUUUUGUAAUCACGAAUAAUAUUGGUGAUUUUUUUCGAUCACAUUAGAAUAUGAAAUCAUUUUUAUAAAUCACGAUAAGAAAACAUCUGGACGUACGGACACAGAAGCAUACUCGCGAAAUGUUAAAAAUAAAUACUUAAAACACGUAUAUUAGUGUCAUAUGAGGUCAUGUAUGUUCUCUUAUCAAGAAUUAUGAGAGUAACCCGUUUAUAAGAUACAGCUAGAAUACAGCGAACAAUAUUUUAAGUUUUAUGAAACUGUUCCUACAUAUUGAGUAGUGGCAGAACAAUUAUUGAGCAAAAAUAGAUUUUCAUGUAUCAAUAUAUGGAUCAUAUUUUCGUAUAUACAUAUCAAGUAGUUCGGUGACAAUCACGUGGUUCGUAGGUAAAGUAAAUCAGGAUAUAUCUAGUGACUUCAGUAGCAGGAUUACUCGGUAAAGAUUGUUUGGAGUGACAAUAAUACUCUGGUAAGGGAGAUAGAGUAAAUUCCGAAAAUUUUGAUCCAUCCGAUUCAGAUCAAAUAAAUCUAAAUCGUAGCUUCAACCGACAAAAUGAACUAAAUAUUUUUUUAAACUUCACUUUUGAAUGGUACAAUUAAAACCGUGGCUGACCGAAAGUGACGGAUGAAAUGAACAUUGAUAUAAACCAAUGAAAUUAUAAACUAGGCUAAACUGUGAAUGUGAAACAGUGAAUGUUACUUUGAAACAACAAGCCGUAACACCAAUUAUAUUUCUCUCGGUUGUUUAUUAAAAUUUAUGUUGUGAUUGUACAUACAUAAUAAUGAUUAUAUUAUACAUUUUGUAAUGGAUAUACAUGUUAGUGCCAGAUAGGUUUUUUGUACGGUCGUUUAUGCGCGCGGCGCGGUGCGGGACGUCGAGUGUUACUAGAGAAUGACAAGACGAUGCCUUGUACAUAGUUAACGUAAGAAAUGUGUAGUUUUCAUUUAUGUUUUAAUUUAUAUGUAAACUAUAUUUAUAUUUAAGGCGGACAAGGAAAUAUAAACAAUUAAACAUAAUAAAGUUUGAUUAGGGAUAUACGAAAUUGUUUGCGCGCGUGAGCCUAGCGUGUGAGCGGUUUUUUUUUUUAUAAUAAGACAAUUUGUAUAUUUUUAAAAGUGGAUAUUGUAAAUGUAUGUAGAGAGCUUGCAGCGUUCGGUUAGUAGAGGAUAGUUAGGUUAGGUCCGUCAGUUACCCGCUGGUCGCCACAGCCCGACUUAGCCGCUCAUUUCCAACUAUUGGUACUUACUAUCCGCACAAAUAACUGUAUAUUUAAGUUGGUUAUUUAUUUAUUGUGGCAUUGUAUAGUUAAUUUUGUUGAACACUAAGCGAAGUUUACUUAAUUGCAAUAAUUGUGAGGCAAAUUAACUUUGAUAAGCAAUGAAAUAACGUUGAAGUGCCUUGCGAAACUGCGGCUCUUCCCGCCACCUGAGUAAGCACAAAGCGGUAAUCUGGCGUCUCUAUUUAACUGAUCGUAUGAGUUAGAGACAGAAAUUCCGCCAAAAAACGUGCAAAUCACAAAUGCAUUAUGUGCAUCUCCUUUGGAAACUCGCAAAUUAUGUACUUGGUUUUUUGUUAUCGUUCUUAGUUCUUUUUUUUUUGCGUUACGCGGUGUAUAAUUUUCUGUUGUGUUUUUGUGUUGCUUAUUUAAUUUUAGGCUGAUAGGUACUUCCUCUUUUAAAAUGUAAUGAUAGUGACAAAUUGUGGUCGAUUUACCCUGACUUGCAUUUUUGACAUGCAUGCAUGACAUGGUGAUUAUUAAAAUAUACCUAAUCAAAGACGAGAUCUUUAUAUACCUAUGAAAUUUAAUAAUUUAAGAGAAAAUGUGGAUGGCAUAACAAAUUAAAUUUAUAAUAUUCGUACGCAAAGCAAAGUGCAUGCAUACGAAUAUCAUCAUCACAUUUAUUUUCUUAAUUGCAUUUUAUUCUACAUAUGACAGCUGGACAGUUUCAUUGAUUCUUGAAAUCAUUAGAGCAAUAUGUUGCCUUUAAACAUCAGUAAUACCUUCGAGGAAUACAGAACAUAAUAUACUUACCUUUAAAAAAAAUCUGAUAGCCACUUUUGACGCCAAAAUUAUUCUCAUUUUUUAAGUAAGUAUGUAAAUGGACUCGGACGCUGCGCUGGUAAGCGUAACCCGAUUGGUUAUUAGGAAAUUGUAAAAUACUGUUUCUUUUAUUGUAGCAAUCUUGUGUUGAUAGCAUGUAUAAUUUGUUUUUUUUUAUUCGCGUUAAGAAUAUGUAUAAAUUUGUUUUCUCUUAAUAUUAUUAUUUGUGUAACUGUACCUUAUGUUAUUGAUGAUAGAAUACAUUAAUUUUUAUGUAUGA